AUGCCUGUAAUCCAAGAGCCAGUGUUUCCAGUACAUACUGAGACUGCACCUCAAGUUUCAGCUCCUGUAGCUGAUGGUGCUCACAUAACUGGACAACAAAAGGACCAAGGACAGCAAUUACGAGUAUAUUCAAGAAGGCAACGUGCUGCUAAUGCAACACCUGCUGAUACACCGGUGACUGUUCCAGAUGUCACAUCUAAUGAUGCUCUUAUUGAAAAUAAUCGAUAUCAGUCCAAUCCAGGUCUGGAUCACUGGAAGGCUGCUAAAAAGGUCUUGCGUUAUUUGCAAGGUACUAAAGGCCUCAUGCUUACUUAUGAGAAAUCUGAUAACCUCGAAAUAGUGGGUUAUUCAGAUGCUGAUUUUGCGGGGUGUGUUGAUACUAAGAAAUCCACAUCAGGUUAUAUCUUCACCCUUGCAAAAGGAGCUAUAUCAUGGAAAAGCUCAAAGCAAACUGUUACUGCAUCGUCGACAAUGCAGGCAGAAUUUGUAGCAUGUUAUGAGGCAACCGGGCAGGCGAGAGGCCUCAUUGGGAAGAGUGUGUGCAAGCUGAUGCACCAAGCAAGGCUGAAAUCAUCGAAGCCUGCAGUUGAGAACGAGGCACGUGCUCCUGCUUCAAGGAUGAGCUUGCCGGCGCCUUCUGAAUUUGCAUCACGUCUUGUUGGUGCUGAAGAUUGCAGGACAUGCUCCUGGAGCCCUAAGGUGGUGGCCAUCUCGCGUGCUCACCUCGCAGCAGUCAUGCCGCCGCUGCUAUUCCCAGCUGCUAAAACUCUAUUCCUAUCCCACUUCCCACCACCGCCUUCACCUACUCCUCGCCUUCAGCUCCGGCGCGCCACCGCCACUGCCACGGCCGCCAGCGACGAUGCGGCGGCGUCCGGCACGACUGCCAGGGAGCGGCGCCUGGCCAAGGUGCGGGAGGAGCGCCGCCGCCGGGAUUACGACCGCCAGCACACCUACCCCGGCUGGGCCAGGGUGCUGGAGAACGCCUGCAGGGAUGACGAGGAGAUGCGCGCCAUCCUCGGCGACAGCAUCGGGAAUCCAGAGCUCAUGAAGCAAAGGAUCCAAGAAAGGGUGCGAAAGAAAGGCAGGGAGGGGUUCAACAGACCUAAGACGGGCUCUGUCGCCGCAUUUAAAGUUAGCUUCCGAGACUUCAACCCAUUAAAUGCUUUCAUUUGGUUCGAACUCUUUGGAGAGCCAACUGAUCGAGAUGUCGACCUUCUUGGCGGUGUAAUUCAGGCUUGGUAUGUCAUGGGAAGACUAGGAGCAUUCAACUCUUCAAAUUUGCAGCUGGCCAAUUCAAUGUUGGACUUUGACCCUUCGUAUGAUUCUGAUGAAGCUUCUGCUGUGAUGCCUUCAUCUUUCCACGAUAUCAGUGAUGUUGAGUUUCAAGACAGUUGGGCCAGAGUAUGGGUGGACCUUGGCACUUCAGAUUAUCUUGGGUUGGAUGUAUUACUGAACUGUCUUACACAAUUAAGCUCAGAACACAUGGGCAUCAAACAAGUGGUUUUUGGCGGCAGAAAACUUGGCGACUGGGAGGAAGGCAUGACAAGCUCCGACUAUGGAUACAAGCAUUUCAAAAUAUAAGAAUCAUCGAGUGAUACACGGCUUGAUUCCUUCGUCAAUUGAAAGACAUUAUGUAUGUAUGAUAGGAGCGUCACCAACCCCCUAAUUCAGAGAAAUUUUUGUUUAGUGUUUAGGAACGAUGCAGGAAAUAGUCUAAGACUCUGGAUUUGGAUUGCUCGUGUAUGUAAAUAAUU